AUGGUGCCUAACAUUGUUGGUGGGGACAAUGCUGAGCAGGAUGAGUACCCGUUCUGGGUGUACUUUAUCGAAGAUGGUGUCUAUUUUUGCGGAGGAAGCAUUUUGGACAACAUGACUGUUCUGACGGCUGCGCAUUGCUUUCCAUUCGGACUUAAUGAUGGUUAUGUGCACCAAGUGGUGGCGGGUGACUACAAUUACGACGUAUACGAAGGAACAGAACAGGUCCGAGAUCUAAGGGCACUCGCUAUUCAUCCAAAAUACGAUCCGUCAUCAUAUAUGUCAGCCGAUAUUGCGAUCCUUAAACUGGCUACACCUUUCGACUUCAAUACCUACGUUGGACGACCAGUUAAUAUUCCUAACAAGAACACUGAAAGACGUGCACAAAAGAAGAAGAACUGCUGGGUAGUCGGUGCAGGGCUCACUGGUCAAAAUCCGAAUGCAUACGAACCUCUCUUGCAAGAGUUGGAAGCCGUUCCACGUUCGUACUCUCAAUGUAAAGAUACAGCAUUCGACAUGUACGGUUUAACAUGGAACUUCAAAUUCAUCUGCUCUAUUCACAGUGGGAAGUCAGGUUGCAGAGGUGACUCUGGUGGCCCGUUGGUAUGUUUCCUAAAUGACGAGCCGGUCCAGAUGGGCGUGGUCUCAUGGGGCGGAAGUAACUGUGCUGACGACGGUUUUGGGGCGUACACCAGGCCGCGAUCCUACAAGAAAUGGAUAAUGAAAAAUAUUGCAAACCUUUAG